AUGGCGUAGGUCAGAUAGUGAAGAAUGGGUAUAUUGCUCUCGGAGUGUCAACAUCGGCACACUACAUUUCACGACUGCUGCUUCAGAAGGACGCACAUACGUUUCCCGAGUCCUGUGCAGGUAGUCUGUAGUACAGCAACGCAAAACGUAUCGUCAAGAAAAGCUACAGACUCGGAUGUUCAGACGAUCAUGCCAACUCAUGGGCCCUGGUACAUGCCAUUCAGUGAAUCUGUAUGUGAAGAUAUCGAAACUCAGUCGUGGGACACUCGACUAUACACUGACAGUACCUGAAAGUCAGUCAGACUGUACAACUUGAGGAUCGCGCGACGCGACCUCAACAGUACGUAGAAUAGCCUUGAUGAUUUCCCGCCGGUUUGCCCGGUUUGCCAGGCUUGAUGGCGUCGGUUGGCCUCAUCGGUUUCACAACCGUCGGCCUGUUCAAAGGCCUGCGAGCGGCCCGAUCGUGUGUGCUGAAGUUGAGGUUGGAGUAGUCCAAGUCGUCAGACGCGGUUGGUUAGUGACGUGCCGCGACUGCAAUGACAGUGAGGACUCAGGCGUCUCACACCGCGAUACAGGCUUACCUCGAUUUCUGGGAGUGAGCUUUGCCGGUAGACAUCUUGUUCUUCGUUCGGUGGGUCUGCUGAAAGUGGCUAGCAGGCCUCGGUUAUAUAUUGGAGGGGUGGUGAGGAAGCAUCGCCUGUGGACCACACAAGUGCAAUGCGGUGGCCGCGCGACGCCUUCAUCUCCGUGUUUGAUCAGGUUCUCGCUACCACCAACUAGCAGUGGCAUAGGGCCUGCUGCCACAGGAAGAGAAGUGGAACGGGCUUCUGCAUACCACUAUCUUGCACUUGGCCGACGACAGAACGCAAUCAACAUCGCCUCCCGAGUGAACAGCGAAGCACUUCAAUCAUACCCAAUUCAAGUGCACAGGUGUACUCAGGGUCUUGCCUCGAGCCCAGGCCUAAGGCUUCGUUACGUGACGCACCGGAGGGCCUGCCAGCACUGGUAUGGCUACCGGGUCACUUAGCCUGUGUGGCAAUGCAUGAGUAUGUGUGAACCCGAGAGGGAAUGGAGAAGGAUCGAGACUCUCACCUUGACUAGUACGUGUCUCUUUGCUUCCAACAUAUUCGAAGUGCCGCCAGCGUUGGCCCGGUCUCGGCGGACACCAGCAUGUAUACAUCUCCU